AUGAGCGCUCCAGUCCCUUCAGACGGCAACCAAGUUGAGACUUCGGCCACCAACUCGCACCAGCCAGGAAGCUCCCCCUCUACCAUUCUCGAUGCCUCGCGAAGACAGCCCUCCUCCUCCACCCCCGGUGCCGCCGAACUCGCCAGUCAACCGAUAGGCGCUCUCACUUCAGAGGACCAACAGAAACUCGCUACGGCCAAGCAGCUCGUCAUCGACAACCUACGAUACGAACCCGACUUCCCGAUUCCCGGUAUCAAGUUCAUUGAUAUACUCCCCAUAUUUCAGAAUCCUGCCGCCUUCAGCUCCCUGCUCGACGUUCUCGUUCUUCUAAUCCGAGAACGGUUCGGCAGUCAGGUACCCGAUGUCAUCGUGGGUCUGGAGGCCCGCGGUUUCCUCUUUGGGCCACCUCUCGCCUUGCGACUCAAUCGCCCUUUUGUGCCGGUUCGCAAGAAGGGUAAGAUGCCUGGUGCCUGCAGGACUGUUGAAUACACGAAGGAAUACGGCAAGGAUGAGUUCCAGGUUCAAACCAGUGCUAUUAAGCCUGGACAGCAAUGUUUGAUUGUGGACGAUAUCAUUGCUACUGGAGGCACUGCCGCAGCUGCGGGAAAGCUUGUCGAGCUUUCCGAGGCACAUAUUAUGGGCUAUCUCUUCAUGAUUGACAUCAUCAACCUUAAAGGUACACUUCUACUGGGCGACAAGCCAAUCAUAACCCUCAUCGAGCAUAAUGAAGAGGAAUAAGCGAUUCCUAAAGAUUUCCGUGUUUAUUGGAUCAUCCUACACCUUUCCCUCUUAAAACAAAAAGAACUUCAUCCUUCACAGAGAGAAACUUUUUGCUCUCAUGAGAUGGCAGCACUUCGCUUCUUAAUAGAAAACACCGGCCCUAUAUAACGUCAAAACUCAAGUCUGGCAUCACGCUCAACUGAGUAUCAUCUGAGUCGAUGCACGUCAUAAUUCCUUAGAGCCGGACCUAGGUUGCAUGGUUGGGCGUUAGGGGACAUGUUACCACGGCAGU